GUAUUUGCAUGAUUCUGCUUGUUUUUGGUUCUUUUUUCAAUGAAUUAUGCCGAAUCAGCCGCGGAAAAGAACUGCAAAAAAUGUGCAUUGGCCAACAGUAGCAAAUGUUUGGCCAUUUUUCAUUUUCUCCCCAUUCAGCACAUUUUUUCUCUCGAGUUCAUCAGUCGAUCAGAAUAAGAAUAAAUAGUGGAUAUUCUGGAUGUGAACAUUCAAUUCGCAUCGGCACACCGUUUGCGUUCAAAAGAUAAGAACGAAACAUUUUCAUCAUGGCAAUCUGCGUCAUUAUUGGAGCGGUUUUAUUAUUGGCUUUUUCAUCUGAGGCAACACCACUUUCAAAAACAAAUAGCGCCAGCGGUCGUCUUUCGUCGUCCUUUCGUGAAGAGAACACAAUUGUUGAACAAACUCAAAUGCGGAGCAAAGAAGUUGUUGCCCCAGAUCCCGAAAUUGGUACUACGACGAGCCUAUUCUCCGCCACCAAGACACAAUCUUUAGCUGAAGUUAGAAUUGAACAAUCUUCGAGCACCAACACAGAAACAAAGACAAUCGAAUCCAACGUCAUCAACGAAACUACGGCUAACUAUCACGACAAUGAAGAAACCCAAAUCGACGCUACAAGUAAACCCAUCAUCACAACAGAACGAAAUUCCUUAUUCUCAGUAGCCAGCAUAUUUAGAUUACUCGCGAAAGCAUUGAGAGCAGCACCUUUCUUUGGAUAGAAAAAUGCAUUGCAAAAUUCUAACUUUGUUAUUUCGUUCUAAAGUGUAAUUGUUUUUGUUAGUUUUUUGUAAUCAAUAAAGGAACGAGUUUGAUUCGUUUGUGUUUAAAAAAAAUGUUGAA